GAAGAUUUUUGAAAAUGUUUUUCUAUUGUAUUCUUGGUUGCGUUUUGGUGCUAUCAGGAGGAAGGAGUGUCACCGAAGGGGCUAAUUUGCGGAAAAAUCUAACACAAGUUACGUGGGCUCAUGCCGUGAACGAUGCUGAAUACCUGACCCGUGUUCUCGACAGCGACAUCCAGUUCAUAGAAUGUGACAUCUCUUUGGGCUAUCUAAAGGAAGACGUGAACAGAGAAAAUGAGAUACCCAUAAUGGCCCAUCCUCCGGCUAACGAGUCCGACAUAUCCCUCGAAACGUUCCUGCAGCGCGUGUUGCAGUACAACCAACAGAUAAUGGGACUCCCUGAUUUGCCCGGUCAACCGGAGGAUGAUAAAUGUUUUACGAUGGACGAGAAUCACACCAUUCAUGUUGAGCCAUUUAGCGACGAUGAAAGUGACAACGAAUCCAUCGGCGAGAAUAGUGGGUACGCGGGCUAUCAACCACUAAGCGUGGAUGACCGGAGCCACCCUACCGUGCAUCGCCGACUAUCCGCAAUGGAUGACGAGCGAGAACUCGACGAUGAGACCGAUUUCAUCGAGCCCGGUGCUGUGGAUAUGUACGGCAGCAGUAGCACAGAAUUUCUCAACGUCGACGUAUGGAAUGCCCCUCGUCCCGAUGAACUCAACAUCGACAUCGAUGCAAACAAGGCAGCCGAGAUAGUGACCGUAAUGGCGAGCAUAAAACUGCCCACGACAGCCGUUCCGGAUUGGGCCCGUGGAGUGCCGGAAGAAGAAUGGAAGGAAAAUUUACUACAGCGAAUCCGCCAACGACAGCAACCGGAAGCAGUCGAUGGGUGUAGUACGUCGGCCCCAGCAGCAGCAGCAGCAGCAACUGGCCCAUUGCCGGCACCGCCGCUGGACAGCGGCAGUAGUCGUACGGCGUGAUUUAAGAGAAGUGUACCCAUUCCAUGUAUGCAAUGUUUUCCGUAAGCCGUCAUGUGCGGUCAACUUUAAUUUUACCUUGAGCGCUGGCGGAAUGCUAUUUGAAAACGUAUUUUCUCCUUUUUUAUUGUCCUCCACCGCUUGGGCUGAUCUCGAA